AUGGAUGAAGAAAACCAUUUGAUUCCUGCUAAUCUCAGACCACCUGAAAGCUCACGAUCUGUAGGAAAUGGACCGAAAACAUUGGCAGACUAUAAAAUCGUUAAAGAAAUCGGGGAAGGCUCGUUCAGCGUAGUUUAUUCAGCCAAGGAGUUAUUUGGAAACAACAGAACUGUUGCAAUGAAGAUGUGUUUCAAGAGACAAUUAAUUAAAGAAGAUUUCGUAACUCAAGUUCAUCGAGAGAAAAGAACGUUGGCUCGCCUUGCGUGCAACAAGCCAGCAAACCCUUUCAUAAUUACGUUAUAUCAAACGUUACAAGAUUCUGAACAUUUAUACUUUGUAUUCUCCUACGCACAACAUGGAGACUUGUUACAAAUCAUGUUGAAAGAGGAAGGACAGAAAUUCUCCUAUGAUGUUGCGAAGUUUCUACUAGCUCAGAUUUUAAGUGGAGUUCAAUAUCUUCACUCGUUCUCUAUCUUACACAGGGAUUUAAAACCCGAGAAUAUUCUAAUAACUGACAAAAAAUAUGUUUUAAUAUCCGACUUCGGUUGCGUCAAAGAUCUCGAAGAUAAAACAGUAGAACCUCCCAGAUUACGAAAGAGGCGAACAACAUCCUUUGUAGGAACUGCUCAAUAUAUGGCACCAGAGAUGCUUAAAGGUGAAGCUAUUGGCCCCUCUUUAGAUAUUUGGUCUUUCGCAGUUGUAGCUUAUCAGCUUCUAACAGGUAAUCACUGUUUUCAUGAAGAAACGGAGUAUCUCAUAUACAAACGAAUACAAAGAAUCGAUCACACAUUCCCCGAUGAUUUCCCAGAAGAUGCCAAAGACAUGGUUAAUAAAAUCUUAAUUGAAGAUCCUCAACAACGAUUAGGAGCUUCUGAAAAUGAAGGUCCAUCAGCUCUAAGAGAUCAUACGUUUUUCCAAAGUAUCAAUUGGGAAACACUAGGAGAAAUAGAGUCGCCACUAGUCAUAAAAGAAUAG